AUGGCUCUCAAGGUCAAAACUGCUGAAACCAAGGUUGUUCUGGUUAACCUGUUGAUAUGCAUGGUAGUUUUCUACACUGUGUACUAUGUGGUCCUAUCUGUGUGCUUCGCAGUAUUCAAGAUUAAAAUGUUGGAUGGUUUGGCACCUUUUGAUUUUAAGACAAAUCCCUCAUGGAUUAACCCCUAUUAUUUAGUUCUUGUGAUAUCGUUGGAAAUAACUUUCUUCAUUUGUGGUCUUCUGUUUGCCCUGGUUGUGGAAGAAUGGGUUUGGGAUUAUGCCGUAACAGUUACUAUUAUUCAUAUCAUCAUAACUUCAGCUGUUAUGUCUGAAUUCCCCCUCAUGUUACACUGGUGGCUGGCAUUAGGAUCUGGAGUAAUUUCAAUGAUUUGUGGAGGACAGAUUUUGGCAUACUGCUUAUUCAAAGACAACUUCAUUUACCCAAUUCUAGAUGAUUUUUGA